AUGGGGACCUCUUCUUGUGUUUUGGCUCAUUGUGGUAGAUCAACAUCCGCGCUCAACAUCACUGCACCUAAUAACACUGAAGCUCUGAGUGGAUCUUGUUUGGAAAUCCCAUGUAGCUUUAAUACAGUUAAUCCCAAUUAUGACAGUAAAACAACUGUCAACGGAGUGUGGAUGAAGGGUGGUUUACAUUUUUGGUCUGUUCCAAAGGUAGUUAUUUUCAACAGCAGUGGGUCAGUUAACACCUUUUCACUGAAUAUUGGAAACCUGACAGAGAAAAACUGCACCACUCUGUUUCCUAAUUUAAACACAAGUUUUACAGACAGAUACUUCUUCAGAAUUGAAAACGGGAACUACAGAUCAACAGCUUGUGCUGAUCCUGUCAACAUAACAGUUAAAGAUUCUCCUUGGAGUCCCAGCAUUAACAUCCCUGCUGAUCUGAAGGAGCAUCAGUCUGUCACUAUCAGCUGCUCAGCUUUGACUCCCUGUCCACACUCACCUCCUGAACUCACCUGGAAUCUCCAACAAGACUCUCACAGACAAACAGAGAAAAACACAGAGGGAACCUUUACAACUAAAAUCCAGGAGACCAUCACUCUGUCAGACACACAUGAUGGAUACAACAUCAGCUGUUCUGCCACAUAUCCUGUGAAUGGAGGAAGCAAGACAGCAGAGACAGAAGUGACUCUCAGUGUUUCAUAUGCUCCUAAAGACACCUCAGCAUCCAUCAGUCCAUCAGGUUUGGUGUCAGCAGGUAGCUGGGUGGAGCUGAGCUGCUCCAGCAGAGCCAAGCCUCCCAUCAGCAGCUUCACCUGGUUCAGGAACAGCAAACAUGGAGCCAUUAAUGUAUCUGUGGGGCAGGUUUACAGCUUCAAUGCUACUGAGGGAGAAGAGUAUUACUGUGUGGCUACAAAUGAUCUGGGUGAUCAGAGGUCAUCAGUGAUCCUUCUUAUUAACAAAGGUCAUCAGGACUUUGGACUCAGUUUCUAUGUUACAGUGAAGAUCCUGGGAAUUCUAAUGCUCUACAGUACAAUCAUCAUCUUUGAGUGCUGGUUUAGAUUCUCCAACAAACCAAAGAAGCCUGCCCGGUCCCGUUCUGGUUAUCCUGCCUGCCUGAGUUCUGCCUUGCAGCCUCUGGAUUCUGGACUGAUUCCCCGUGUUUCUGACAUCGGCCCGCCUGUGAGUAUUGGAACCUGCCUGUCCCCUUUAAGCCUGUUGCUCUGUCGGAUUUCGGACCUGGAUCUGGACCCGGACCCUCUUUGGAUUUCCCCUCUGUACCACUGCUGGAGUUGUGGAUUAACCAUUACCGGACCCGGACUGUCUCUGGACUUACGCCCCUGGAAAACCCCUCGUCGUCUGACUGCUGCCAGCCGCUCUACGGUCCGUUCCCAUCUACCAGCGGACGGCUUCUGCCCCGAACACUCCCAGCUGUCUCUCCGUGCCCUGGCUGCUCUCGUUAUCAGGAGCUACAGCGACGUCCUGGAAUCCAUCAACAAGAAGCUUACCAGCCUGGACGUCCACCUUGCUUUGGUAGAAGUCCUACAUAAGGAGUUUCAAGCCCUGAGGGAGUCGGUGGAAUUUAGCCAAGCCCAGCUGGCUUCUAUCACCACUGAGAACGAAGCGCUGAGGGGGAAAGUCACGGAGCGCACCGAGGGGAUGAUGCAGCUGUCCGGCGAAAAUAAGAAGAUGAAAGAAUCCAUUCUGGACAUACAGUUGCGAAGUAUGAUAGAUAAUCUUGUCUUUGCAGGCAUCCCGGAGCAGCAGGAGGAGGAUCCCGAGGUGGUAAUCCGUGAGUUUCUCCAGCAGAAGCUGAAAAUACCGGCGGAUCAGAUAAAAAACAUCACCUUUCUACGGGUUCACCGGCUCGGAGCUCCCCUCAUACUCUCUUGGUGGUACCAAGCCAGGUGUGAGACCCCCGUCCCUGGAUUCACCUGGUUCACCCGCAAUACUCCGGUUCUUCCAUCUGCUCCUCCCGUCUGCCAUCAACUGUGGUGCUCUGUCAGCUCUCCAGUCACUCAGCCACCUGUUACCAUCAAUGAGGACUGUUCUGCUAUCCACCUCUUCAAGUUUGCGGAUGACACCCCUGUGGUGGGUCUGAUCUCCAACAAUCAUGAGACCCACUAUAGAGAUGAGGGGGAGGUGGUGGAGCGCGUGGACAGCUAUAGAUUCCUGGGCCUCCACAUCUCCUCCGACCUCUCCUGGACCGUGAACACCUUCCAUCUGGUGAAGAAGGCCCAGUAA